AUGGCACAGAAGGAAGUCGAUACUCUGGUGAUUGGCGCGGGCCCGACCGGCCUGGGCGCCGCCAAGCGUCUGAACCAGCUCAACCUGUCGUCCUGGACGCUGGUUGACGCCAACGACGAGGCCGGCGGUCUCGCGUCGACCGACGUGACCAAGGAGGGCUUCCUCUUUGACGUCGGCGGCCACGUCAUCUUCUCGCACUACAGCUACUUUGACGACGUGAUCCACGAGGCGCUGCCCCAGAAGGAGGACUGGUACGAGCACGAGCGUGUCUCGUACGUCCGCAGCCGCGACGUCUGGGUGCCUUACCCCUACCAGAACAACAUCACCGUGCUCCCGGUCGAGGACCAGGUCAAGUGCAUCGAGGGUAUGAUUGACGCGGCCGAGCUCCGUGCGCGCUCCACGACGCCGCCCAAGACCUUUGACGAGUGGAUCGUCCGCAUGAUGGGCGAGGGUCUUGCCGAUCUGUUCAUGCGCCCGUACAACUUCAAGGUGUGGGCCGUGCCUACGACCCUGAUGCAGUGCAAGUGGCUCGGUGAGCGUGUCGCUGCGCCGAACCUGAAGAUGGUCGUCUCCAACACCCUCAACAAGAAGGUGGCCGGCAACUGGGGCCCGAACGCCACGUUCAAGUUCCCGGCGCGUGACGGCACCGGCGGUAUCUGGAAGUCGGUCGCCAAGACGUUGCCCCAGGACAAGCUGCAGUUCAAGAAGCGCGUCACCAAGGUCGACGCCGACGGCCACGUCGCGCACUUUGACGACGGCUCGUCGAUCAAGUACAAGCAGCUCGUGUCGACCAUGGGCCUUGACUUCCUCGUGGACAACCUCGAGGGCAUCGACCAGGCCUCCAAGGACCAGCUCCAGAAGACGGUCAAGGACAAGCUCGUCUACUCCUCGACGCACGUCAUCGGUAUCGGUAUCCGCGGCGAGCGCCCGAACCGCAUCGGCGACAAGUGCUGGCUGUACUUCCCGGAGGACGACAGCCCCUUUUACCGCGCUACGAUCUUCUCCAACUACAGCCCGUACAACUGCCCGCAGGAGGGCGACAAGCUGCCUACCCUGCAGUACGCUGACCCCGCGCACGGCACGCCGUCGUCGGACGCCAAGGGCGGCCCGUACUGGUCGCUGAUGAUGGAAGUCUCCGAGUCGCACCUCAAGCCGGUCAACAACGAGACGGUGCUCGAGGACACGAUCCGCGGCUGCGUCAACACGCAGCUCCUCCUCCCGGACAGCGAGAUCGUCAGCACCUACCACCGCAAGUUCACGCCGGGCUACCCCACCCCGAGCCUGGAGCGCGACGCGGCGCUCCAGGAGAUCCUCCCGGUGCUCCAGCAGCGCUUCGACAUCCUCUCGCGCGGCCGCUUCGGCUCGUGGAAGUACGAGGUCGGCAACCAGGACCACUCGUUCAUGCUCGGUGUCGAGGCCGUGGACCGCGCACUGUUCGGCUCGCCCGAGAUGACCCUCGAGUCGCCCGACUUUGUCAACGGCCGCCGCAACACGGAGCGCCGCCUGACGGCGGCCUAA